CAGGUUUGAUUAGCUGGGAAAAGAUGACUAAUCCAGACCUUCGGGUUUCUCGGGUGUUGACCAAAUUGAUAAUUAGGGAUGCGCUCAAACAGCUGCGACGAACGACGACGGCCCGCGACCGCGGCAGAUGGAUCACCCAACUGUUGGACUGCCAACAUCCGCCCGAACUACACACGAAAUCUUCCGCGACACCAUCCGAGCCAUAUAUCCAUGGACCUAAGGUGUCCUCGUGCACUGGCCUCGGCAGAUAUCUCUACGACUGCAACGUUGUCGGAAUUAAGAUUUCCGUCAUGCUUACCGCUGUCACGACGGCGGCCUCCGGCGCAAUGUUUCUCGAAAAAUACCCGAAAAAGCUGUGUCUGCGGAGGAUGGAAACGGACUGCUACCCUAUCAAUGGACUUAACGAUGAGAGCAAGAAUGGAAACAACCACGACGACGCACGAGGACCUGUUGGUGUCUCGCUGGCGACAAUAAGCCCAAAGCGCACAGUUCGCAUCAACGGAGAAGCGCUAGAGAAUCGAAGUAGAGUGUUGGUAUAUGGCGUAUCAUUUAGGCCCAGCGUUCGGCAACGGAACGGCAUCAAUGGAACUGCUGACACCCAUACAAUCAACUUCACCAUCCCGAGACGCAUCGAAAUUCUGUACCACGACAGUGGAUUGCAAAUGCGUACGCCCGGGCGAGUAUAUCCAUGUGACUAUCCGACUUACUGGGAUACCUGUGCAGGAUGGCAUCGAGGCCAACGCGUUUGCCAGGAGUACAUGAGGGCAGUUGGGAUCCUGACAUCUGAUUUCGGGGGGUACUCUCCUGGUCAGCCACCCUUUGGCUGCCGGCCUGCCGAAUGGACGGGACUUGUUUUGAUGCGUAUAGUCUACAAGACGUCGGUAGGAUUCUCCUAAGACGACUCGCGAACUGGGAGGCCGACAUUCGAUUCCGAAGGCGCUUAGAUGUAUGUAUAACAAACAACCAUUGAUAGGGCCUUUCAUUGUCACCCUUGUCCUCGACGGCAUUUGCAACCUGCUAUCGAAUCGAAGGUAGGAAAGGAAUCACAACGAAAUAAAACAGGUCAAUCACAUUUAUACCUCGCCGGUUCGUCAUCUUCAACGUCUGUCCCCUUCAUUGACUCUAGCCUCCUUCAAUACGUACGAUCCAACCAUCGAAUCCCCAUCUCCCUGACAUUCCGCGCCGCGUGACACCCAUUAGAGAAUAUGAUUGGGUAAGACGCGGGAUGGGGCACAUCCUCCAAAGGAAUCUGAAUAAUGAAUUGUUGGCAUUGCCGAGG